CAUGAUGUCCUAUCUAUCAACCUUACGAUUAAUGACCAGGCGUUGUCAUAUUACAAUAAUAUCUAAUCUAUUGUUUCUACUGUCAGUGGCAUGCCAUGCAGCAGAGUUUAUGCCUUCAGAAAGUUAAUUAUUCUUGGACAUCCAAGAUCUACGGAAAUCAAAUAUUAUAUGCUAUUCUUGCUUUUGUUUACACCUGCCAGUAUCUGUCAAAGAGUUUAUAUAUGAGGUCUAAUUCUCUGUCUAGAGCUUUCCAAAUCACAUCUCCACUUGUUAACACACCCUGGUGGUGAUAUUGAUACCCUACACUUAUAGUUAUUGAUAUUCAGUACAAUCAUUCUAUCUCUUGUCCUUUAGUUACAUUCCACUGCGGCUGCUAGCUCGGAGAUGGAUUCCAUUAAACUACUCUUCCUCUCUCCGGAGGUCAACCCAAGUAACCGAAAGGCCAGGUCAAUCCCGAUACUCAACCCAUUCGACAAAUAUGGACGUGUCUACUUCUUUUCAUGGCUUGGUUUCAUGGUGGCAUUCCUAUCGUGGUAUGCUUUUCCGCCUCUGUUGACGGUCACGAUCCGCCAAGACUUGAAGAUGACGCAGACCGAAGUUGCCAACUCGAACAUUGUUGCGCUUUUAGCGACGUUACUCGUUCGAUUCGUCGCAGGGCCGCUCUGCGACCGGUUUGGUCCUCGUCUAGUAUUCAUUGGCCUCCUACUGUGCGGGUCCAUUCCAACUGUGAUGGCUGGGCUUGUCACCAAUGCUCAGGGACUGAUCGCCUUACGCUUCUUUGUCGGCAUCCUGGGAGGCACAUUCGUUCCUUGCCAGGUCUGGUGUACUGGGUUCUUUGACAAGAAGAUCGUCGGAACCGCCAACUCCCUGGCUGCAGGAUGGGGAAAUGCCGGCGGCGGCAUCACGUACUUCGUCAUGCCCGCCGUCUUCGACUCACUCGUCCACAACCAAGGCCUCCCAUCUCACAAAGCCUGGCGAGUAGCUUACAUCGUGCCUUUUAUCAUCAUUGUCGUCAUAGCCGUCGCAAUGCUUUUCACCUGCGAAGACACCCCAACAGGGAAAUGGUCCGAACGCCACCUCUGGGCCGAAGAAACCAGCAGAUUCGACGGCAAUAUCGUCAAUAUCAACUCUGGCAUCUCAUCCAGCCAGCCAUCCAGCCCACCAUCCAUAACCAACAUCGUCGCCGACAUCGAAAAGAAAGGCAACCCUUCCCCACCCGAGUCCAUAGCUCCAAUGUCGGGCCAGCUCGAAUCCCUCCGCACCGACACCGUCGUAGCCCCAACCUUCAAAGAAGCCAUGAAUGUCCUCCUCAGCCUCUCCACCGCCGCCGUCGCAAUCCCCUACGCCUGCUCUUUCGGUGCAGAACUCGCUAUCAACUCCAUCCUCGGUGAAUUCUACGCCGAAAACUUCCCCUACAUGGGUCAAACCCGGACAGGCCAGUGGGCCGCCAUGUUCGGCCUUCUCAACGUGGUCUGCCGCCCCGCCGGCGGCUUCAUCGCAGAUCUCCUCUACCAGCACACGCAGUCCGUCUGGUCCAAGAAGAUCCUCCUCUCCUUCCUAGGCGUCGCAAUGGGCGCCUUCCAGCUCGCGCUCGGAUUCUCCGAUCCAAAAAGCGAAGCUACCAUGUUCGGACUCACAGCCGGCCUGGCUUUCUUCCUGGAGGCGUGUAACGGUGCUAACUUCGCCGUUGUACCGCACGUUCAUCCCUUUGCUAACGGCAUCGUCUCCGGCGCAGUAGGCGGAAUGGGUAACCUCGGAGGUAUCAUCUUCGCUAUCAUAUUCCGGUACAACGGCGCGCACUACGCGCGCUCGCUCUGGAUAAUCGGGAUCAUUGCCAUCGCGGCCAACCUGGCUGUUGCUUGGAUUCGGCCGGUGCCGAGACGUCAGACGGUAUGAUUUUGUUUCUAAGUUUCUUUCUAGAUAUGAGUUAUGAAGAUAUAUAUGGCAGUAAUUUUUUUUUUCGGGAAUACCUGGCGCCCUGUAUGUAUCUAUUUGAGUUGGAUAAUGGCGUUAUACAAAUAUUGAUAUUGAUAUAAUACUAGUUAAAUAAAUUAAGUUUUGUUGAACUAUA